AUGGCUCACCUCUUUAAUCUACCCACUGAAGUCCUGUAUCUGAUGCUGGCACAAUGUGACUCUACCACACUUCAUUCCCUCUCGCUUGUGUCCAGAUCCCUCCACCAUCUGUCCAAUCGAUUCCUCUACUCCAACAUUGACUGGGUAUAUCACUACGACGAACGACGACCGCGAUACCCACCUCUUACUCUCCUUCUGCGCACCCUCCUAGCGCAUCCAGAGCUGGCUCUACUCAUCAAGCGAGUCCAUCUAGACAACCACUACUUGGCGAACAUGGAAGAUCACUUGAAGGACAUGGUACCGGGAUCGUUAGACCUCCAAACCAUCGACGCAGCAAUGGAUUUGAUAAACAAGAUGGGGUUCCCGCAGAAUGAUCGGUGGUAUAAGGCGCUGAGCGAAGGGAGUGUUGACGCCGUGAUAGCCUUGAUCCUUUCCCAGCUUGAGAAUUUGGAGACGUUGAAAUUGGCACUGUGUCUGGUGGAUGAUUCCGUGUUUGUGGGAAUGGUAUUAAAGCAUUUGAUUACGGUACGUGGGGGAGGAAGUUUCAGCAGUUUGAGAUAUGUAAAAUUUGGCGACAACGUUGAUGGGUACGAUGCUCUGGAUAUUCAGGCGAAUAUUGACCAGAUUAUCCCAUGCUUCUUCCUUCCGUCCUUGGAGGAACUGAUAGUGACUAUCCAUGAGCCCGACCUCUCCUCAUGGCCCACGCUCAAAGAAGAGCUGCACCAGAAGCAGCAGUCUCAGUCACUCACGACGCUCCGCCUCUACCGGUGCGACAUCGACCCGAAGCAUGUGGAGACACUGGUGAUGUUAGCACCAGGACUCAAAGUGCUACACUGUGGUUUCCUCCGUCACAUCUCGGCAUCUGAAUACUCAGAAGAGAUUGAUUUCGCAGAUCUCCGUUCCGCUCUACUACCCGCUGCAGAUACCCUUGAAGAACUAACUAUUGACAUGCGAUGGACUGACAAAAACUGCGAUGUCUUCUCCCUGCCGCUCAGUUCAGCAGGGAGAGUUCCCAUGGGCUCGCUCCAGCAGUUUCACACCCUCAAGCGCCUGGACAUACCGACUGAAUUACUCCUGGGUAACCUUAAUCGCCCGCGACCUCCGCACAAACGACUAUCUGACCUCCUGCCCCCGAGCCUUCAAUCUCUAUGCUUAGUAGACAACGCAGUGACUUGGGAAUCAUCUUCUGACCGGCGUAGCCCAAACUCAACCGAAAAUUCUAUGCAAGCGAGCAUCGAUGCACUCGCUGAAUAUCUAAGCGAUCGUGCACAGCACGCCCCAUUUCUGCGGGACAUCGUCCUUAACUAUGAAGGCAGGCCGUGGGAAGGGCACAGCCUGCUCGAUCCAACGUAUGUCGGCAAUAUUGCGCGUCCGACACAACCGCAGCUGCUGCGCAGAAUUGCGGAGGCAAGUGGUGUUGCGAUGUCUGUAAUUUACACAAAAAGGAUCAAACGGGGGAUUUCGGGGCGGGCGUCAAUUAUCUUGUAUGAUCCUGAGAACCCGGAUACUGAGCCUAUUGAGUGUGCGCCGUCGUUUGUGGAGCUCUAG